AUGAUCGUGUCAGUUUUACCAACUCAGGACCUAAAGAAAAAGUAUGAUGCCGAGUGGGCAAUUGUUACCGGGUCAUCUAGCGGCAUAGGUAAAUCAUUGGCGUUCAGGCUCGCUGAACAAGGCAUCAACGUCGUACUUGUUGCAAUUCAAAACACGACUCUCGACGAAACUUAUGCUGAGCUUCGAUCGCGAUUCACUGCUCGAAAGUUUAUCAAAGUGGGUUGCGAUCUUGGAACCCCGGGCUAUAUUCACGAUAUUUCGAAUGCGACGAAGAAUAUAGAUGUGCAGAUAGUAUUCAACAAUGCGGGUUUUAUGCUCACGGGCUUUUUCGAUCAACAGCCUCUGUCUAAGCUGAUGCUUAACCACGAAUGUAAUGCAACUGCAGCUAUGCAAAUCACGCAUGUCUUCGUUACCCGAAUGCUUCAAAAAAAUCUCAAAGGAUGUGUUGUGUUCACUUCCUCUGCUGCGGCCUGCCAACCAACUCCAUUCAGUGCACUUUAUGGUGCUACGAAGGCUUAUAUCAGCUCGUUUGCGGCUAACAUCUCUAUCGAAGUUCGUUCACGUGGAAUCGAUGUGUGCGCGGUUCAUCCUUCUCCCGUUGCAAGCAAUUUUUACAAUAAUUCUCAUAAGCUGGACUCACUUGCUUUCUUCAUGAAGUUUGCAGUUAGACCUGAUACCCUUCCUGACGAGUUUUUCCGGCCGAUCGGCCGCGUUGUUUGGCAUGACAUUGGCUUAGUCGCCAUUGGAUUUCGCAUGCUAAUGAAAGUAUUUGAUUUUGGGUUCUUCGCAACCUUGAUAUCAAUUUUCGCACACACUUUGUCCGAUUUCAAGAAAAAUUUAUGA